AUGGCGGAGGCGGUGGUCGGCUGGCUGGUGUGCCCGAUCAUCAAGAUCGUCGUCCAAAAGGCCGCCUCCGACAGGAUCAAGUGGAUGGGCGACGGCGUCUCCAAGGCGCUAGAGCGCCUCCGGAACACGCUGCUCCAUCUCCAGACCGUGGCGAGCGCCGUCCACCUGCGGGGCUCCACGGACAGGUGCCGGAACCUCCGUGCGUGGCUGCAGCAGCUCAUGGACGCCGUGUACGAAGCCCAAGACGUCCUCGACGACUUCGACGACUCGGUCCCACACCCUGAAUCCUCCGUCGUCAGGUUCGGCAAGCGGAUCUUGGGCGCCGACGAGCGCGUCAACAGGCUCAAGGACGUCGUCGAGAAGCUGGAGGCCAUCCACGCUGGCUCUUCGAUGCUGCUGUCAGCCACGGAGACCAUCGCGUCGGCGUCAGUGUCGCGCCAACCGAGCGGCAGCAACCACACGGGCCCUAUGCGCCCGGACGAGGACGCCGUGGUCGGGCGCGAGAAGGAGCUGCAAGAGAUGGUGUCCUGGCUCGUCGACACGCCCGACGCCGACGCCAAGCCCGUGUCCGUCCCCAUCGCCGCGAUCUGGGGCCAUGGCGGGAUGGGGAAGACCACGCUGGCGCAGCUCCUGUUCAAGGAUCAGAAGGUAACCUCCGCCUUCGACCUCAUGAUCUGGGUCCGGCCUGACGCCAAGGACAACGAGUUUGAGCUCGCCAGGCAAAUCCUGCAGUCCGCCAAUGUCGACGUGCCAGACAGUAUGAAGAGCUUCCACAGGCUACAAACUGACCUCCAGGAGAAAGUCUCGUCGCGCAAGUUCCUGCUGGUGAUCGACGAUGUCUGGAACAGGGAGGACAUGGACAUGAAGGGGAUUGGCUACCGUGAGAUGUGGGCUAAGGUGCUGGCACCCCUCAGGCACGGGGAGUCAACGGGGAGCAAGAUUGUGGUCACCACAAGGCAAAAGAUAGUGGUGACAGCGCUUGAAGCACGCGAGUUCUACUUGGGCGACUUGCCGGACAAUGAUAUCUGGUCUCUGUUCACAAGGUGUGCCUUUGGUGACGACAACAUUGAUAAGUGGUCUCCCGAGCUGCAAGGCAUUGGGAGGAAAAUUGCUGAAAAGCUCAGGGGCUCACCAUUGUUGGCGAAGGCCGUCGGACAGAUGCUGGGAAGCAACCGCAGGGAAGACUAUUGGAGGAACCUUGUUCCCAAGAACUGGAGGUUCAAGCGCGAUAAGCUGGUGAAGAUUUGGAUGGCCCUUGAUUUCAUCCAACCAACUAGUGGGAAGGCCCAAUUGGAGGAUGGGGGAAGCAAGUACUUUGAUCAGCUUGUGGAGAGGUCAUUUUUCCAUAGGCAAAAGCUGGGGCGUCGGAGGUACUAUUACAUCCAUGACCUGAUGCAUGAUUUGGCCGAGAAGAUUUCUCGAUUCGAUUGCGAGAGAGUUGAAGAUGCAAAGAAAGAGAUCCCCAAGACAAUCCGGCACUUAUCUGUGUCUGGUGAUAGUGAUACGGUGGCGCAGCUCAAGAGCCGAUGUGACCUGAAAAGAUUGCGCACACUACUGAUUCUCAAGAACCCUUCCUCUUCGUUGGAUCAACUGCCAGGAGAUUUUUUCACAGAGCUGAAAGGCCUUCGAAGGAUUGGAAACCUUAAAUACCUCAGAUACCUGGCACUUUGCAAAUCAACCACCAAGCUUCCACAAGCACUGACAAAGCUCUAUCGCCUUCAAACCUUUAGUAGUCCUAAGGGGUCUGGCCUUGAGGUCCCGGAAGAUAUUGUAAACCUGACACAUCUGCGACAUUUGGACAUGGAUACAUCUAAAAUCACUGGCAUUGGGAAACUGGUUCACCUGCAGGGAUCAGUUAAGUUCCAUGUUAAAAAUGAAAAGGGCCAUACUUUAGGAGACUUGGAUGGUAUGAGCAGUCUGCGUAAAGAGCUUCAUAUAAAGAACCUUGAUGUUGUAACAAAGCAAGAAGAAGCCUGCAAGGCUGGAUUAAACAGGAAGGAGAAUGUUAAGGUACUUGAAUUAGAAUGGAACUCGACUGGUAAGAGUGUUCCCUCUGUUGAGGCUGAAGUUUUGGAUGGUCUUGAGCCGCACCAAUAUGUUAAAAGGCUUAUAAUUAGAAGAUAUCAUGGUAAUAGAUCACCAAACUGGCUGAGCACAAGCUUGAAUGAGAGCAACUUCUACUUCAAAUACCUGCAUUUGAUCAACUGUAGAAAAUGGGAGGUCCUGCCUCCUCUCGGGCAGCUUCCAUGUCUCAAGGUUUUGCAUUUGAAAGAAAUGUGCUCAGUGAAAAAAAUCGGCCGUGAAUUUUAUGGAACCAAUCCAAUUGCAUUUCCAUAUUUGGAGGAACUUGAAUUUGAUGAUAUGCCUCAGUGGGUUGAGUGGACCCAAGCAGAGAAGAGCACUGAUAUGUUUCCUAAACUCCGCAAGUUGAAGCUUUUGAACUGUCCUGAGUUGAUUAAGGUGCCUCAGCUCCCUCUAUUUGUGCGGAAGGUCUCAGUAAAAAAUACAGGAUUUGUUUCACAACUAAAACUAUCCUCUUCCUCGCCAUCAAAAGCGCGCAAGUUUGCAUUAGACACAUGCUCUGCCACUGUCCUUACAAAUGGCUUAAUGCACAAGCAACAACUGGAAUCAAUUGCUAUUUUGACUCUGAGGAACUGUCAAGAUGUAAAGUUUGAAGAGCUUCAUGUGUUGACUUCCUUAAAGAGGUUGCAAAUAUCUCAUUCAAGCAUAAAUGAUGAGCAGCUAUGCACUUGUUUGAGGGGUUUACAAGCGCUUACCUGGCUGGAGAUAUCUAAUUGCAACAACAUCACAUGCCUUCCACAGAUGGAAAGUUCAGACUGCUUAACAAAACUUCAUGAGCUACACAUUCAGCAGUGCUCUGAAUUUUCCUCUCACACUCUAUGCCAAGUUUUGCGGCACUAG